AAGACGAUAGCUUUGUGUCCUUGUCCUCACAGUCACCUGACUCAUCACCACCCCCUUCCUCCCUCCCUCCAUACCAUAGGAUGCCUCCACAGUGUCACAGGUGACCCAGCAGCACAACAGUCCCUUCUCGGCAAGCGGCGGCAGAGCCACUGCCACUCACUCACUGGAACGAAGGGAAUCUUGUGUAUCGUUGAUUACUGGUAAAAAGUGAGAGCAUCUAUCUAUGGACCAUAAAACAUGGCUUUGGAGAAAGAAGGCAUCAGAAAGGACAGUUUUAGUAAAGAAUAAACCAAAUAUAUCAGAUAAGGAACAGGAGGAGAAGAUUGCACGGCUAGAGAGAUCACUGCAAGGCUUAAAUGAACAACUUUCAUUUGCUCAUGCUGAAUGCUUCGAGAAGGAUGCUAUUUUAUCCAAGCAAGCAAAAGUAGCUGAAGAAGCCAUACUAGGCUGGGAGAAAGCAGAGGCUGAAGCUAUAGCUAUCAAGACAGAACUUGAUGAUACUCUACAUCAGAAAGCCAUGGUUGAGCAAAGGAUUUGUCAGCUUGAUGAGGCUCUAAAUGUUGCAGCGGAAGAGAGGGAGUUGUUGAUAAAGGAUACUGCUCAAAUAAUUUCUUGUGAGAAGGAUAAAGUUUGGAAUCUAGAACAAAAUGUCGCGGAGAAAGAGAACAUAAUUGCUAGCUUGGACGAUGAGUACAGCAGACUAUCUGAAAUCCUCUCAGCAAAAGAGAAAAUCAUCUUAGAUCUAACUGAAUCAAAUGCAGUGAAAGAGUCGGACUUGAAGGACCUUGCAGUAAAACUAGAGUCAACAGAGAGAUCAAAUUCUUCUCUUAGAUAUGAGGUUUGCAUGCUGCAGAAGCAACUUGAUAUUCGUAGUGAGGAAAGGAAGUGUAACCUCAAAUCUGCUGAUGCUUCACACAAACAACAUCUUGAAAAUGUAAGGAAGAUUACUAAGCUAGAAGAAGAAUGCAAGAGAUUGCGCUCAAUGGUACGUAAAAGGCUACCAGGACCAGCUGCCGUUGCUAGAAUGAGAAGUGAAGUUGAAACACUGAGCAGCAGUACAACACACAUAAGGACGGGAAAGUUGAAUUCUUCGCCAUCCUUCAAUUCAUAUGAUCAGACACAGAACACUUCCAAUGCAUCACAUGUAAGUCCUUCAUUGCUUGCAAGGCUACACGUGACGGAAGAUGAAAAUAAGGCCAUGAAGGAAUCUCUUUCUAGAAAGGAUGGUGAACUUCAGCAUUCCCGUACCAUGCUUGCUCGCACAACCUCUAAACUUUCCCAAGUUGAAGCUCAACUCGAAGACUUAUCAGGUGAUCGAGCUACCACAGAACUGGCAAAAAGGAGUCCUACAGUGGUUGAAAAUCCUCUUUCAUCUAUCUCCGAGGGUGGUCGCAAUGAAGAUAAUGUCAGCUGUUCUGGUUCAUGGGCAUCAGCCUUGAUUUCUGAACUUGAACAUUUCAAGAAGGGGAAGCUGACUACACCUUCUUGUAAGAGCACAAGAAUGUCAGACUUAAGUUUCAUGGAUGACUUUGAAGAAAUAGAAAGGCUAGCGAUGGUAUGUGAUGAUAAGCCUUCAAAAUCAUAUGAUGUAAAGAGAGAGGCAGCAGAAUCAGCAGGUAAAGAGCUGGUUCCAGUUGAUGGUCUCAGUGAAACAGCUAAUCAAGUUCACCCGCACAAGACUGAGAAGGGACUCCUGAAGUUAAUUGAACUUGUCGAGGGAGUUAUCCAGAGAUCGUCAAAAGAUUACAGUAGCAACCUUGUGCAAUCUGGUGGCAACAUGGGUGAUCAAUCUACGCUGGUAACUGGUUAUUUCGCUCAUGCAUUCUUAUGGAAAACAUCAGAACUCACAUGUGUACUGCGACACUUCAUUGUUGUAUGCAAUGAGCUUCUGUAUGGGAAUACUGAUGUCGAAAGAUUUGUUCUUGAAGUGAGCCUCACACUAGAUUGGAUACUGAACCACUGCUUUUCACUGCAAGAUGUAUCAGAGAUGAGGGAAACUAUCAUAAAGCAUUUGCAUUUAGAUAGCACUGAUGUGCAUGAAGCUGUUGCAGCCAAACAAAUAGGAGUCCAAGCCACAAAUGGCAUAGAUGAACCCGGCACUCCAAACAGCGUGCAGAUGUCACUAGUUUCUCAAUCAAGCCCCAUGGAUAUUGGACUUAAAGCUGAUAAUGACACAGACAGUAUAAGGAAUGGAGUCUCAUUCUUCCAUGCACCGGAAGUAAAAUCUUCAAGUUUGCGAGCAGAACUUAAUGCAUUGAAAGAAACAGGAAAUCUGGUAACACAUGGUGUUGAUGGUAAAUCAACAGUGAGUGAACUUGACAAACACAAAUCCAUCGCUAACUCUGAGGUAAACAAGGGCAAUCUACAGGGAAGCAGUCACUCUACUGAAGAAGACCCAAAAUGUGUUUCUGGGAAUAAAGAUAAAAAUCUACAAGCGCAGCUGGAGAUCUCGACAGCAUCAGAGAAGCUCAUCGAGUGUCAGGAGACAAUCCUAAACCUGGGAAAGCAACUGAAAGCACUUGCAUCGCCAAAGGAUGCCACCUCGGUUCGUCCAGAGCGAAAACCUCGGUCCAAGUCACUGAAUGAGAUGCUAGCCGUCGACGACGGGGGAUUUGAUGACCUCAGCUCCCCGAAGACCAAGGAGAUUAUAUGCUCAGAAAUAAGGCCACCACAUGAAAGAAAAUUUUCGGCCGACGGGGGAGGUGACGAUUCAGAAUCGUGUUAUUCUCACCCAACACCGGUGGUUCCACCCGCCAAGCCUUCCGUUGUGAGCGGAAGCUGCAAGAAAGAAGCCGCCGCCAAGGCCGUAUCACUAGCCGUUGUCCCAAGCAAGCAGAAGGGGAACCCCAACUUGCUCAAGAGGAUCCUGACAGGAAGGAGGAGGGAUGCCAUAAUCAAACCAAAGGUGGUCCUGAGUGCUUAGCUGACAGAGACCAAGGGUAACUCUAUCCAUGAUAAAUUCCAUUUCCAUGUGUAAAUUAAGCGUGUAUCGGUUGCCUGUUGAGCUGUGUUUCUUGUCAGGUUUAGGAAGAACCAUGGAGUGUGGAUGCCGUGUAUGUAUUACAAGUAUUAGUGUGCUUUGUAGCGUUGUGGCCAGCAUUACCCUGUUCCUUAGGUGUAUGAACUUGUGUUUGCUCUUGGAUGUGGCUAAUUUGUGAGUAGCAUGCUAUUAUGUGCAUCCUUUUGAGGAA